AUGCUUGCUGCUACCCGAAGUUUGGGCGGGCUCUACAAGGUGCCUGGACGCAAAUCCCUCGGUGAGAUUUGCAAGCUCAGCCUGCUUGAGGCAACGCCAGAACCUCAGUUAGCCACAAUAUGGAAUGAACACCACAAGCAGUUCGUCCAAUACUGGGGCCGAACCAUCUCGGCUGAUGCGUACUACGCUCUGCAGCCGCGUCUUAAGCAGUCACCGUACUUUGUCAUUCCGGUGUUCCGAACGAAGGGACUAUUUAACGUGGUGACAAACUGGGACCGCGAUCUUGUUGGUGUCGCGCCACUUGCGGAGUGGCAAGAGAAGCAAGACAGCGCGCAGGUACACAUGACAAUUCAGUUCUUUACGGAACUGGCACGCACAAAACGGAUGGUGAUGGUGCGGUGUGAGAUUAAAGACAAGGUGUUUGUCCGCCAGGACUGCGUGUUUGUAACGCAGAUGCUGCUGAAGUAUUACUCCGAUCCUCAACUAUACGAGAUGUGGGUGGAGGUGUUUAAUAAGCGUCCAACCCAGUUUGAUUAUCACAUGUACCUGCGGAACAUGAAAGAUGAAGCGAAGCGGGAUGAUAUACGCAUCGAGGACAAGAAGGCGCAGGUGAGGAUGGACGCCUACGGGCCGGUGAUUGACACGCCGCCGGAUGCCAUCGCGCAGCAGAUAUUAAAAAGUGUUGAUUCUGGCGCGCCACCACCAGGAGAGAGUCUUAACGGCUGCAAUGGAUAUAGGAAAGAGUAG